AUGUCCAGCCGGGAACCAAUUCGGGGCUCCGGUCGAGGCCGCGGCCGAGGUCGAGGGCGUGGCUCCCUCAGCUCAGGCUCACGCGGAAGAGGGACUUUUGCACAGCAUCGACAACCUCGAGAUUCAGGCUACGGCAACCGACAGCAUAGAUCCAGCAACACCAACGGUAGUGAUGUUCUGACGGCGAGUAUCCCUCGCGGCUCGCUCUGCUGUGACUAUGUGGAAGGGAAUUCGCCGUCCACAUCGGCAGCCCCGUCGUCUGAGCCAUAUCGAUGCCCUUUCCGAACACAUUCUUCACUCGCACUCAUGCUACACAAGGCGGAUCGUCACCUGAUUUAUCCGGAAGGAGGCAUCGAAGGGUUCAAGCGGCAUGACCCGAUGCUCAUUGCCGAAGAGAGGGAACAGCAGCGUCGAAUGCGUCAGAAUCAGAGGCGCAAUCCUCAUCCUCUCCCGAGCAAACCUUCGCAGAAUUGUGCUUCCAAGCAAUCACAUGACCGCAACGACGACAGCAGCGAUAGUGACAACGCAGGGUCUGAUAGCGAUUCAGGUUCGACCACUUCCGACGAUGACGACAAAAACAGCGCUUCCGACGCAGGUGAAGUUGCUGCAGCACAAGCCAAGACGGACGAAGCCAACCAAAAGACGCGAGCGCUCGACGGGCCUGCCGAUGCCACGAUUUCAGGUCUCAACAUUCAGCUCAACUCACCCGAGCUGAUCGCCGAAUGGAUCAAUCAGCGCAAGAAGAGAUGGCCGACGCAAGACGUUGUGAAGCAGAAACUCAAGGAGAAGGAAGAGAGGCAACGCAGGAGUGAAGCGAUUUACGGUCCUCGUCCGCAGCCGUACGGCAAGCGUCCACGAGAGGAGGCUGCAUCCGCGACAAGGCCUCUGGAAAGCACGCAAAAUUCAGCCACAGCAAUCGAUGAAGCUGCUUCUGCGAAGAGGCUGAAGGCUGACAGCACAGCGGACGAGACUGGUGCAAAGGAAGGAAGCAGUGUUGACCCUGUCGGUCCGGCCGAAAUUGCAGCAGAAGAAGAUGGAAGCGACUCGGAUGACGAUGCGCCCGAAGAGGUGUCCUCGAAGGUACCCGCUCUAGCCUUGGAAGAAGAAGCACCAGCAUCCACCAGCGGUGCUGCACAAGACAACAGACAGGAUCGCCGCCCCAUCUGCACCCACUUUUGGCAAGGUCGAUGCAACUAUGGUGAUCGAUGCAAGAAGCGUCACGACACAGCUUGCGACUCGUCUGCGUCGAGCCUUUCAGGACACCAACAGCAACACCGCCAGCUACUGAACGGACCGGCCCGCAGGUCUCAUCCUCGACCGCCUCCUGUCAACCCAUUUGAUCAGCCAGACCUUCUGCGACAACUGCUCAGAAACGAGAUCGAGAAGCACGUUGAUGCCGUGGGACAGGCGAUCAGAUUCAUUGUGGACAAUGACAUGCUACUGCACGUAGAGACGGAAGAGGCGCAGGCUGAAGAGCAGAGAAAGAGGCGGCAGAAAAUUCAAGUGCUGCCCUCAAGCAAUGAGAGCACCUGCAAUACAGCGGAUGCUACAAGUGGAGCGGAGAAGCUCGAAGAAGCUACUUCACCAGCGCUGCCGGAAGAGCCCGGUCUCUGCGAACCACUGAUCAAGGGCGCAAUGGCAGUCGUCGAGUCCUCAGCUUCUGACGCAAAGCGAGCCUCACUCUAUCGUCCACCUUCACCCACACUCCGACCCCUCUCCGAGCUCCAAUACCCACCUGAGCCAGAUCCACUCAUCUUCCUCGACCCUCUGCGUCGUGACGAUCCAAAACCACUCAUGCCCUCACAACUCAUUCGCAUUGCCAAAGACUCCGUCUUGCGCUCCAUCCUUACCCCUUCGACACCUCUGCAUCCGAACGGUCACAAACCAGCUUCGCUUGAACGCGCCAUCGUUUCGCUCGAUGCACUUCCCUCCGAUCUCUACCGUAAUGCGGCUAUCGAGAUGAUUCUCGGCAUUGCUUCUUCCAACACUUCCAGCUCGAAUCCAGCUGGAGGAUUAGUGGUGACUUGCAAAGAUGGCAGGAGAAAGGUAAGCGAGACGGAUCUGUUCAGGAUGGGAUUGAGAGUGGGAGGAGAUGAGGUGUUGGCGAUCAAGAAGCUGGCUGACCGAUUGAGCGUGCUGUUGGACUCGAGUCUGCAGUUGGACGAGGUAGGAGAGGCGGAUUGGGCGCUGUUGAGCCGCGAGCGAAGGGAUGAGAUGCGCAAGCUGCAUUAUGAGAGGGAAGCCGAUAGAUUGGAUAGAUUGCGCAAGCUCGGCAUUGAUGUAUGA